UUUCUUUCUGAUAAUAACCACCAUGGAUCCCUUAAAUUCAACACCUCAAACCAACAACACCUUUCAUUCUUCAAAUCCUUGCAAAUUCUAAGCUUCAAUUCUUUCUCCUCUUUUCCGGUGCUUCAAAAUCAAACCAGCACCAUCACAAAUAUCAUAAAAUUCAUCAAAAUUCAUUCCAACAUACAAAAACAACCCAAAAACAAAUACCGCGGUGUAGACUAACAGUAACAACGUCUGUCUCAUUCUAAUGUUUAUCGCAAUCUUUAAUAAGCCAACAGUAGCAUUUGCUGUAUACAUACAUCACUGCAGGCAUGUAAAGCACAAACAUCAAAUUAUUCGGUUUAUUUUUUAGAUUAUCUUUACCAAGUGGGAAUUAGUUAAUGCAAUUAAGUGAGCACUUAAACUAGUGGGCAUUUGGUGGCAUUGAUCAUGAUGGGAAAAGAAAAGAGGAAAAGUCACUGGAAAUAAUAUUUCCAUUCAGUGAUGAACACUUUAAAUUAAUUAGUGGGUCGGUGGUGGCAUUGACUAAAACGUGGUAAAAUGAAUAUAAUUAACCACUCAGGAGAAUUAAUCGGUUCAUCAUCACUAAAACGAAAACUGUUCUUUAAAAUGUUGAUACGAGCUGCAUCUGCUACUAAGUUAGUUUCGGUAUUACUAGUACUGUUUGUUUCGUCUUACAAUGUUAUUGUCUCUGCUUCUGGUUCUUCUUUUUCAUUAACUCGGAAAAAACAUUUACAAGCUGUAGUAAAAGAAGUAGAUGCUCUUUUGAAAUGGAAAUCAAGCCUCAUCAACCAAAUUUCUCUUCUCUCUUCCUGGAAGAUCAGUUCUAAUGCGAGCACAACAAGUCCAUGCGAGUGGUAUGGAAUCACUUGUAACAACCAAGGAAGCGUCGCGGAAUUAAGCUUACCAGAUCUUGAUUUACAAGGUUUUUUACCUCAAAAUAUAUGUCAGAGCGGAACACUUGAUGCAAGUAUUAAGCAUUUCAGGGGUCCUAUACCUAGAAGCCUUAGAAAUUGUACGAGCCUUAAAAGUUUCGGGAUUGGAAACAAUCAGCUGGUCGAUAAUAUAACGGAGGCAUUUCACGUGUAUCCGUAUCUAGAGUGGUUUGUCAUGGAAAACAAUAGUUUGUAUGGUGAACUCUCAAAAGAAUGGCCCAAAUUUGGAAGUCCUUUCUUUCUCAAGGAACAAUAUCACUGGAAGAAUACCACCUGAAAUGGGGAAGUUGAAGAUACUAAGUGAACUUUAUCUUGAUUCAAAUGACUUAGACGGGGAUAUCCCAAAUGAGUUGUUGAACUUGUCUUCGUUGAUCAAGUUAUACUUGAGUAAUAAUAAACUUUCUGGUAGGUUAUCUUUUGCAAUUGGAAUGUUAUCCAACCUGCAAUAUCUCGACUUAUCGACAAAUCAACUCAUCGGUUCAAUACCCCAACAGCUAGGGGAAUGUUCAAAGUUAUUAUCUUUGAAUUUGAGCACAAAGCAUUUUAAUGAAAGCAUCCCAUCCCAGAUCGGAAACUUGGAUUCACUACAGAUUUUUUUGGAUCUUAGUUACAAUGAGUUGAGUGGAGAGAUACCGCCAGAUUUUGGAAAACUAAACAAAUUGGAGACACUAAAUUUAUCCCACAACAAGCUUUUCGGCUCAAUCCCAUCUUCGUUUAAUCAAAUGCUCAGCUUCACCACUGUCAAUGUUUCGUAUAAUGAGUUGAGUGGUCCUAUUCCAAAUAUCAAGGCCUUUGUGGGUGCUCCAGUUGAUGCAUUGAAGAACAAUCAAGGGUUAUGUGGUAGUUACUCUAGAGGAUUAACACCAUGUAAUUCUUCAGCUGUCAUUGGAAGAAAAAAGACCUUGCUCAUCAUCCUACUUCCUCUGUUUGGUUCAUUGUUUCUUUUACUCCUACUCUUUGCGGUUUUGUUUCGCCUUCGCAAAAAUAUAGUAAACAAUGUGCCGCCUACAGAUCAAGAGGUAGCUACCAAUAGCAGAAGAAAUUUAUUGUCAAUUUGGAACUACGAUGGGAAAAUUGUAUUUGAAGACAUAG